AUUGGAUGACAGACCCGGAAGUGAGAGGAAGACUUGCUAACAACAACAACAGGAUUGAGUUCUCUCUCUGUCAUUGCUGUGUUUUAGCCUCCUGGAGGGUUUCUAAUCAGUCAUGGCUCUACCUCCUCAGCUCAAAGCCAUCCAGCACUACCUGCGGACCGCUCAGGAACACGAGAAACGAGACCCGGUCGUCGCUUACUACUGUCGGCUCUACGCCAUGCAGACCGGCAUGAAGCUGGACAGCAAAACACCAGAGUGCCGAAAGUUCCUGGUCAGACUGAUGGACCAGCUGGAGACGAUGAAGAAGGAGCUGGGUGACAACGACUCCAUCAGUCAGGAGGUGGUCGGGAACGCCCACAUCGAAAACUACGCCUUAAAGAUGUUCCUCUACGCCGACACCGAGGACCGACAGGGACGCUUCCACAAGAACAUGAUCAAGUCUUUCUACUCAGCCAGUCUGCUGCUGGAUGUCUUGUCUGUGUUCGGGGAGUUGUCAGAGGAGAACAUCCAGCACAGGAAGUACGCCCGCUGGAAGGCCACCUACAUCCACAACUGUCUGAAGAACGGAGAGACGCCUCAGGCCGGGCCUACCGGCAUGGACGAGGACAGGGAAGCAGAUGAGUAUGGAGCUGAAGGUUUCUCAGGUCAAGGCUUCUCUCAAGGGGGUUCCUUCAGGGGAGGGCCUCCCUCAGGGUCCUUCGACGACCAGAACCAGGGUUUGGAUCCGGGUUCCGCCCCAGGCAUCGGCUUUACUCCCGGUCCGGGAUCGGGGCCGUCGGGUCCCCCCACCACCAACUUCAAUAACAUCCACAUCCCACCAGGGGCCCACGCACCGGCCAACACUCCAGCCGAGCUGCCUCCACCCACAGAACCGGUGCAACCAGUGCCUGUUCCCAGAACAGUGCCCAUUGUUGAUCCCACACUGCUCAACGCCCAGCAGCAAGGCGGCGUCCAUCUCUCCGCGGAGGACUUCACCAAGGCCCAGAAGUACUGCAAGUACGCCGGCAGCGCCCUGCAGUACGAGGACGUCGGCACGGCCGUCCAGAACCUCCAGAAAGCCCUGAAGCUCCUCACCACCGGCAAAGAAUGAAGGCUUUGUCCUCCUCCUCCUCCUCCUCCAUCCCUCCCUCCUUCAUCCCCCUCUCUCCUCCCCAGCAGCGCCGCUCUAUCUGUCACUGAUCUGGCCCACGGCGAGCGGAGGACGCAGGCAUGAACACACACACACACACACACACACACUGAGGCCGGCCUGUGAAGAGAGACGUUCAGCUCGGCGUCAGAGGAGGACAUGAUGGAAAUCAGUCUGUAACAAUGGCUGCCUGUGUCUGACACUGUGACUGACGGACUGACUGACUGACUGACGGACUGACGGACUGACGGACUGACUACGACGGCAUAUGUAGGUAAAAAUACAAAAAUACUGAGCUCUGGUAAUAUUCUGAGAAAAAACUCAAAAUUUCCGAGUUUAAACUCGUAAAUAUACAAGAGAAAAAUCUUGGAUAAUUUCUGAGAUUAAACUGGCAAAUUUACGAGAAAAAACAUACAAAUUUUCAAGAUUAUUAAAUUGUAAAUAUACAGGGAAAAAAAUCUGAUAUUCUCUGAGAUUAAUGUGGCAAAUUAACAAAAAAAAACUCAUGCAUUCUCUCUCUAAAGUCAUAACUUUCGGAGAAAAAAUGCAAAUUUCCGUGAUUAUUAAAUUGUGAAUGUACGGGGGAAAAAAUAUGAUAUUCUCUGAGAUUAAUGUGGAAAAUAUACGAAAAAAAAUCAGAAUUUCCAAGAUUAUAUAAUUGUAAAUUUACGAGAAAAAAAUGAAAAUUUUCGAGAUUAUUAAAUCGUAAAUAUACGGGAAAAAAUCUGAUGUUCUCUGAGAUUAAAGUGGCAAAAUUAAGAGAAAAAAAUGUAUUAAUUUCUGAGAUUAUACAGUCGUAAAUUUGCAGGAAAAAAAAUUACAAAUUAAAAAAGAAAUGCAAAUUAAAUCAAAUACAUCUUCAACUUGGAAAUUCUUUUUUCAGAAUUAGAUUUUUUUCUCGUAAAUUUGCCACUUACAUUUCAAAGAAUAUCCAAUUUUUUUUCUCGUAAAUUUACAACUAUUAUCUAUGAAUUUCUGACUUUGUUUCUCUGAAUAUUACCCCCCCCCCCCCCCGCUUCCCCCAUCCCCCGAAUGGUAGAGCCAGGCAGCUAAUUAGCUUAUUUUAGCACCUAGCUGUUUUUACCGUUCGGAUCCAAAAGAUGAGAUUUGACGAGUCGGUGAGCUUUAGAGGUGACAGGCUAGCUGUUUCCAUCUGCUCCCAGUCUUUAUGCUAAGCUAUGCUAACUGUAAUAGGACAGAUACGAGACUGACAUCAAUCUUGUCAUCAGACUCUCUGCAAGACAGCAGCUAAGCGUGUUUCUGAAAAUGUUGAGGGAUAAGUGGUUAGCUGACAUGCUACGUAGCAAACUACGACACUAACAGACAGCUGACGGACGGACUGAACAUCGUUUACAAGCAGACGAUCAACCAGGAGUGAGUUCAGACAGCAGCUUCAUCCAUAAUAUCAGAGGAAAAACUGAUCCCAGAAACAUCUUGAUGUGUGAUAACGCAGCAGAAUGUAACGACACUUUAAUUUAACUCCGUGUUUUCUGUUUUACGAGUUAAUCUGUCUCGUUGUGUUUCAUCGUGUUUAUAUCGACAAUAAAGAAAUUGAACUUGACAGUAAAUCCGAGAGUACAUAUCGCUGCUGCUGCUGCUGCUGGACUGUUAAUCCUCAGAGACGUCCUCUGACGUUUGCUUUCUUGGAGGUUUUUGAACGAUCACUUUCUCUGUAUAUGUGGAUUAUUAAUCUGACAGCGGGCGGCCGUCUUUCUUUCUUCCUGGUUGGUAUUUAGCAUUUAAGUUUCUCUGAAAUUCUUUGAGUGGGACUUCUUCACAAAGAUCAUCUGUCAGAUUCACUUUGAAUAAAAUAUUUGAAAUGAUGA